UUAGGCAAAGACAGAAGAAUAUAAUUGUACAAAACUAGCAAGCAAAAGAAAGUGUCAAGAAUAGAAUCAGAUACCAAGAUAUAGUACAUAAUUAAAUUUUUUUCAAUCUUCUUUAAAACUUCACCGGUUUUUUUGUUCAUAAUAUGAUUUUCUAGGAACAACACCAUUUGGCACCUUCCUUUGUAUUUCGUUUUUUUAACCUCAAUCUAUUUAUACAUCUAAAUCUUUUAUUAUGUAGAAAACCAAGUUAAAUCCCUUCAAACAAAAGGAAAACCUAGUUGAACUUGAUUCCAUGGGAAACCUCUUGGGUAAAAGUAAAAAGCGUAAUCCUCAAAAUUCUAGGAGUGAUAAAGGAGGAAGAAUCUUGUCCAACAUUCCAGUUCAUGAACCUAUCCCAUUACCACUUACACAACAAGUUGCUUCAAUGUCUAAGAAAUCAAAUUUUGGGACACAUAAUUCUGGACAAAGUUCAAACACCAAGAAACCUCUCAAGAAGUAUGCUUUGAUUCAAGAUAACUUCACAACUCUUGAACAGGUUACUGCAGCCUUGAGGAAAGAAGGUUUAGAGUCAUCAAAUCUCAUCCUUGGAAUUGAUUUUACAAAGAGUAAUGAAUGGACUGGCCAAGUCUCAUUCAAUAAGAGAAGCCUGCAUGCAAUUGGAGAUACACCAAACCCAUAUGAGAAGGCCAUAUCAAUUGUUGGCAAGACUUUAGCUCCCUUUGAUGAAGACAACUUGAUUCCAUGCUUUGGCUUUGGUGAUGCCACCACACAUGAUCAAGAAGUAUUCAGCUUUCAUAGUGAUCAUUCACCAUGCCAUGGAUUUGAAGAAGUUUUGGCUUGCUACAAAAACAUAGUUCCAAACUUGAAACUCUCAGGACCAACUUCAUAUGCACCGGUGAUUGAGGCUGCAAUAGACAUAGUCGAGAAAAGUCAUGGCCAAUUCCAUGUUUUGGUUAUCAUUGCAGACGGUCAGGUUACAAGAAGUGUAGACUAUGAUGAUAAUGAACUCAGUCCUCAAGAAGAGAAAACGAUCAAAGCAAUUGCUGAUGCAAGUAAAUAUCCACUUGCUAUAGUUCUGAUCGGAGUUGGUGAUGGACCUUGGGAAGACAUGGAAAAGUUUGAUGACAAACUUCCGACACGCGAUUUUGACAAUUUUCAGUUUGUAAAUUUCACGAAAAUCAUGUCGAAAAACACAAGCGAAACUGAAAAGGAAGCAGCUUUUGCUUUGGCUGCUCUGAUGGAGAUCCCCUUCCAAUACAAAGCAUGUGUCGAAUUUAAAAAACUUGGACGUGUAACUGGCAGAGCGAAGAGAAUAGUUCCAAAACCAUCUCCUGUUCCUUAUUCUCGGCCGGUACCAAGCAAUUCGCCAGCAUCAACAACAGAUGAUCAUAAUCAAUCUGCCUGCUGUCCUGUUUGUCUGACCAAUGCAAAGGAUUUGGCUUUUGGAUGUGGGCAUAUGACUUGCAGAGAUUGUGGAUCAAGAUUACGAGAUUGUCCUAUAUGUCGAGUGAGGAUCACUAGUCGUCUUAGAGUUUAUAACGGUUGAUUGUACAAUGAAAUGGUUUGCAUAAGAUUUAUAUGUAGGGUUGAUGGUGUUGCUCUAAGCCUCUAAGAGCUUAAAAAUUGAACACAGAUUUCUUGUAAUUAAAGUAAUAGCUAGGUAGACGUUGAAAUGUUUCAUGACUGUUGAAAAUUGGUGAUGAGAAAUUCAAAUUGAUUGGCAUUUUUAAGAAGCUAA